UUCUCCAUAUGUGUGAUCUUAUCGCCUCCUGUCUUCCUCCACCUUCAGGACCUGUCCUGCAUUGAUGACCUCUCCACAAACUCUCUGUUCUCGUCUCCGGCUGACUCCCUGUCAGAGUAUGCUGAUGCCCAGUCCUUCAUCAGCACAGACAACCUGGACUCAGUGCCACUGCCCACCCUCUGGGACGUCAACACUAGUACCACCACCACCACACCAGCACACAGCCAGCUAGAGCUGAAUGGCACCGGCAGGUUUCAUGGCUUGGCCAGUUUGGAUGAUAUAACUGCUAUUAUCAGCACCCCACCUUUAGGAGGAUUCCAGGUUCAGAAUACCCAGCCGCCGCCGCCGCCGCCACCGGCAGAGGAGGAAGAGGAUGCCGAGGAAGAGGAGACAGAAGAACUGGGACAUGUAGACACAUAUGCCGAGUACAGACCUUCCAAAUCCACAAUAGGAAUCUCUCAUCCUGACAUAGUGGUGGAGACAAACACGCUCUCCAGUGUCCCUCCUCCAGACAUCACCUACACCUUGUCUAUCCCCGAGUCGACCAUUAACUGUGGCCACCUGUCUGCUCUGCAGCUGGAGGCCAUCAUCUACGCCUGCCAGCAACACGAGGUCAUCCUUCAGAACAACCAGAGGGCGGGCUUCCUGAUCGGAGACGGGGCGGGGGUCGGAAAGGGACGCACUGUGGCGGGAAUCAUCCUGGAGAACUACCUGAAGGGGAGGAAGAAAUCACUGUGGUUCAGCAUAUCCAAUGACCUGAAAUUUGAUGCAGAGAGAGAUCUCAAAGACAUAGAUGCACUGAAUAUUCCUGUGCAUGCCUUAAACAAGAUUAAGUAUGGAGACACAGCUACCUCAGAAGGAGUCCUGUUUGCAACUUACUCCGCGCUGAUUGGAGAGAGCCAGGCAGGAGGGCAGCACCGGACCAGAAUAAAACAGAUACUCGAUUGGUGCAAGCCCGACUUUGACGGCGUCAUUAUUUUCGAUGAAUGCCACAAAGCCAAGAAUGCUACUUCUACAAAGAUGGGCAAGGCGGUGCUCGACCUGCAAAACAAGCUGCCACGGGCCAGAGUGGUUUACGCCAGUGCCACAGGUGCCUCUGAGCCAAAGAACAUGAUCUAUAUGAGCCGCCUGGGAAUCUGGGGUGAGGGCACACCCUUCAGAGCCUUCGAGGACUUCCUGCACGCCAUCGAGAAAAGAGGUGUGGGUGCCAUGGAGAUCGUUGCCAUGGACAUGAAAGUAAGCGGGAUGUACAUUGCCAGGCAGCUGAGCUUCUCAGGGGUUUCUUUCCACAUCGAGGAGAUCGGACUGGACAGUGACUUCAAACUGGUCUACAACAAAGCUGCCAAACUGUGGGCGGAGGCGUUGCAGGUGUUCAUGCGCGCGGCUGAUGAGCUGGGCCUGGUCAGCAGGAAGUCUCUGUGGGGGCAGUUCUGGUCAUCUCACCAGCGCUUCUUCAAAUACCUCUGCAUCGCCGCCAAGGUCCGCUGCCUGGUGGAGCUGGCCAAAAAAGAACUGGAAGCUGGAAAGUGCAUCGUCAUCGGACUGCAGUCUACAGGAGAGUCUCGCACCAGAGAAGUCCUAGAUGAGAACGACGGGCACCUGGACAGAUUUGUUUCUGCUGCAGAGGGAGUUUUUCAGUCGCUUGUUACAAAACAUUUCCCAUCAGAGAAACAGAGGAGAGAGAAGGCGCCGAGUAACAAGAGAAAACGGAAGCCAAGAGGUCGCCAGACGAAGGUCCCAAAGCACACCGUGGACAGCGGCGGCGUGAUCAACAUCAGCGAUGACAGCAGUAGUGACUCCGAUGGCAUGGACACAGACUCCAACUCCUCCCCAGACUCCCUGCUGGACAACGAUGAUGUCAUCUUUGUGAACCACACUAGCUGCCAGACGGCCAGGAUAGAAGAGAUGAAGCAGGGCCUCCUCAACAAAAUCGCCGUGCUGGGAAAAGAACUACCUCUUAACACCCUGGACGAGCUCAUUGAUAAGUUCGGAGGACCAGACAAAGUCUCCGAGAUGACUGGUCGUAAGGGGCGUGUGGUGCGGCGCCCUGACGGCAGCGUCCGAUACGAGUCCCGCGCCGAGCAGGGUCUCACCAUCGACCACAUCAACAUCAAGGAGAAAGAUCGCUUCAUGGGCGCAGAAAAGUUCGUGGCCAUCAUCUCGGAGGCAGCCAGCUCGGGGAUCUCCCUGCAGGCGGACAAACGGGUGAAGAACCAGAGACGACGGGUCCACAUGACCUUGGAGCUGCCAUGGAGCGCAGACCGAGCCAUUCAGCAGUUUGGUCGCACCCAUCGGUCCAAUCAGGUGACGGCCCCGGAGUACAUCUUCCUCAUCUCGGAGUUGGCGGGGGAGAGACGUUUUGCCUCCAUCGUGGCUAAAAGACUGGAGAGCCUGGGCGCUCUAACGCACGGGGACCGGAGAGCCACAGAAUCCAGAGACCUGAGCAAGUACAACUUUGAGAACAAGUAUGGUACCAAGGCUCUGGAUAAGAUCACCAAAGCAAUCCUGGGCCACAUAGAGAACAAGGUGCCCCCUCCCAAAGGCUACCCCGGGGGUGAAGCGCUGUUCUUCUCAGGUUUGUUCCAGCUGUUGUAACAGAUCAGAAAACUG